AUGGAAGUUGAAGCACAUGACGAAGGGAAUGAUAAAGAUGGUAAUGGAAAUAGGAAACCACGAGUCGGCAUGAUCUUUGAAUCUAAAGAAUCUGCAGUGUCAUUUUAUAGUGCAUAUGCAAGACAUGUAGGAUUUAGCAUCGGCUUUUGUCAAUUCAACCAUGUCGGUUCAAUUGAAUUUUGGGACAUUACUUGUUCUAAUGAAGUAUUCAAAAGGAAGAAUGUGGCAAGUUGCGAUGCAAUGCUUAGGAUAGAGAGAAAAGAUAAAUAUUGGACAGUGACAAAGUUUGUUGAGGACCACAGCCAUUCUCUAGCUUCCUCUAAAACGGAGAAACACAGUCGGCCGCGUAGGCAUUUUGUAGGUUCUAAAAGGAACGUUGGAGAGACAUCCAAUGCCAGUAAUGAUUCCUAUGUUUCUAUGAAGGGCAAACAUGGCGAACCGAUUGGUGUAGUUAAGAGUCCCUCUGCAGCAGAAAAUGGUCAUCCAACAAGAAACAUUGGGCCUUUUGCCAAUGGAAGAUCAUUCCGAAAGAGGACUCUUGGAGGAGAUGCUCAAUAUCUUCUCAAUUAUUUUCAGAAGAUGCAGUGUGAAAACCAUGGCUUUUAUUAUGCAAUACAGCUCGAUGAUAAAAACCACUUGACCAAUGUAUUCUGGGCUGAUUCAAGAUCAAGAGCAGCUUAUAAUCACUUUGGUGAUGCGGUAACUUUUGACACAACGUAUCGGACAAAUCAUUACCAAGUCCCAGUUGCUCCAUUUACAGGAAUCAAUCAUCACGGUCAAAUCGUUUUAUUCGGUUGUGCAUUAUUACUAGAUGAAUCUGAGUCUUCCUUUACAUGGCUGUUCAGGACUUGGCUAUCUGCUAUGAAUGGUCAGCCUCCCGUUUCGAUAACCACAGACCAAGAUGGAGUCAUAAAGGCUGCUGUUGCGCAAGUGUUUCCAGAAACUCGCCACUGUAUCUGUAAAUGGCACAUUUUGCGAGAAAGUCAAGAAAGAUUGGCUCAUAUUUACCAUGCAUAUCCUUCAUUGUAUGGAAAGUUUAAUAGUUGCAUUAAUUCCUCAAAGACAGUUGAGGAUUUUGAGUCAACAUGCAAGUCUCUUCUACAUAAAUAUGGUCUUGAAGGAAAUGAUUGGCUUGAAGCAGUGUAUAAUGCUCGGCAACAAUGGGCCCCAGCUUACUUUCGUGACACAUUCUUUGCUGCUUUAACUUCCAAACAUGGAGCAAGCUCCUUUUUCAAUGGCUAUAUAAACCAACAGACAACCGUGUCUUUAUUCUUUAAGCAGUAUGAAAAAUGUCUCGAACAUUCAUUGGAAAAAGAAAUAGAAGCGGAUUACGAGACCAUUUGUACCGAACCAUUAUUGAAGACUCCGGCACCAAUGGAAAAACAGGCUGCUAAUUCAUACACUAAGAAUAUUUUUGCUAAGUUUCAGGAAGAACUCGUGAGAACUUCUGCUUAUACUGCAAAUAAAAUUGAAGAUGAUGGUGUGAUCUGUAAAUACAGGGUUGCAAACUUUCAAGAUAAUCGUGAGGCAUACACAGUCAGUGUUCCGUUAGAUAUUUCUGGGGCAAAGGCAAAUUGUAGCUGUCGAAUGUUUGAAUACUCGGGCAUUCUAUGUCGACAUAUACUGACUGUCUUCACUGUUACAAAUAUUCUUACUCUUCCAUCACACUACAUUUUGAAACGCUGGACAAAGAAUGUAAAAUCCAGUGUUGGAACAGAUGAAGAAAUACCAGAUCCACUCGGCAUUGAAAAUAUCACUUCACGUUUUAAUAAUUUAUGUCGAGAAGCCAUUAAGCUUGCAGAAGAAGGGGCAGUAGCUGUAGAGACUUAUAACGCUGCAAAGGAUGCCUUAAGAGAGAGUACUAAAAGGGUUAGUGAUGUGAAGAAAAAUGUUGCAAAAGUCGCACCUCCAACUCCGAGCACUCGGGGUAAUAUGCCUGAAGAAGACAAUAGCAAGAUGAGUUCUUCAUCAGUUUUUGAAGCAGUCCCAUCAUGGUGGUCUUGGCCACAUUCAGUAUUGCCUCACUUUAGUAUUUGUGACAUUGAACUUCCUUGUAUUGCUCCUGCUCCUGCUCCUGCUCCUGUUCAUCGGGAUAGUGGCCCUCCACAUAACGUUGUCCCUACUUCUUGUUUCAAGUCUAUGACUUGGGUUAUAGAAACGAAGAACUCAGACACUUCUAGUAAAGUUGCAGUGAUCAACAUGAAGCUGCAAGAUUUCAGCCAAAGUUCUUCAGGAGAGACAGAAGUGCAGUUCAGAGUGACGAAGGUAGCUUUUCGGCCUAUGUUGGAGUCAAUGACUGACAUCAGUUAUCAGCUCGAUGGAGCUGUUAAUAGAAUUGCUGAUGUUAGUCUAAAGCUCCAGGAUACAAAGACUACGAGGGAAACGGAGCUGAAAUUCCAAGUUACCAGAGAUUCAUUGGAUUUAAUGUUGAAUAAUAUGUACUACAUCAUUGAGCAACUAUAA